CCUCUCUCACUAUCUUUGUGGCCUUUCAAGUUUCAAACAUUUCCUAAUAUUUUCCCUUCUUUUAUCACCUCCUCAAGACCUUAGUUUAUACUCAAUAAACAUCCACUUUAACACCCUAAGCUAAGCAAUGGCAUCCAGUUCAAUGUCCUCCUCUGACUCAUGGACUGCAAAAGAGAACAAGGCCUUUGAGAGGGCUCUUGCUGUGUAUGAUAAGGACACCCCUGACCGUUGGCACAAUGUCGCUAAGGCUGUUGGUGGGAAAACACCAGAAGAAGUGAAAAGGCACUAUGAACUUCUUGUGGAAGAUGUCAAGCAUAUUGAGUCAGGCCGAGUUCCCUUCCCCAAAUACAAGACAACUGGUGGGAGUAGCCAAGCAAAUUAACA